AUGAAAAUUUGCGACCGACUACAACAGGAAGUCGCCAAAGCCACGCUGAAGAAAUUCAGCAACAAAGAAACCAGCGUCGAACUUCAAGAGUCAGUUCGUGGAAAAGAUGUUUAUCUUGUUCAAACCGCAGCCGGAGAAGUCAACGACAAUCUCAUCGAACUUCUCAUCAUGAUUGCCGCGUGCAAAACGGCUUCUUCAAGCCGGAUAACUGCCGUGAUCCCCACCUUCCCAUAUGCCCGGCAAGAUAAGAAAGACAAGUCGAGGGCGCCGAUUUCAGCCAAGUUGGUUGCCAAUAUGCUCACGACUGCUGGAGCCGAUCAUAUCAUCACGAUGGAUCUGCAUGCAUCGCAAAUCCAAGGAUUCUUCGACAUUCCCGUCGACAACUUGUAUGCCGAGCCAGCAAUCCUGAAGUUCAUCAAAGAGUCGAUUCCCGACUGGCAGACAUCAGUCGUCGUCUCACCAGAUGCUGGAGGCGCGAAGAGAGUCACGUCGAUUGCUGAUCGUCUCAACGUGGAUUUCGCUCUGAUCCACAAGGAGCGAAAACGAGCAAAUGAAGUCGAGAAGAUGACUCUCGUCGGAUCGGUGGAAGGAAAAGUGGCGAUUCUCGUGGACGACAUGGCGGACACUUGUGGUACAAUCUGCAUGGCAGCAGACAAGCUAGUCGAGGCCGGAGCGGAGAAAGUCUACGCUUUCUGUGUCCACGGAGUGUUCUCAGGACCUGCGCUCACUCGACUCAAUGCGUCGAAGUUUGAGGCAGUUGUCGUGACGAACACGAUGCCACAAGAGGAAAACAUGAAGAUGUGCUCAAAGAUCCAAUGCAUCGACAUUUCGAUGAUCCUCGCUGAAGCAAUUCGCCGCACCCACAAUGGAGAAUCAGUGUCGUACCUCUUCUCCCACGUCCCGAUCUGUUAA